AUGUGUAUAGUAGCAGCCGGCGGGACCUCCGCCGCGCCAGUGAGAGGCCACGCCCCAUGUGGGCUGGGAAGCCCCGCCCCCAUGAGCCCGACCCCACCCAAGACUCCCGCAACAGAACGGGCCAUCCUGAGGCCAGGUUUUGUCUUUUCCACCGUUUGCUUUCCGGUCGGUCCCCGAGUCACAAGUGGUGGUUUUUGUGUGGUUGAGUUUUUUCUCUCCGACCCCCCUGCAGGAAACGCCUUCGUGGUGAGCCUGGCGCUGGCCGACCUGCUGGUGGCCAUCUACCCGUACCCGCUGGUGCUGUCGGCUAUCUUCCACGACGGCUGGAUCGCCGGCUACAUCCACUGCCAGAUCAGCGGCUUCCUGAUGGGCCUGAGCGUCAUCGGCUCCAUCUUCAACAUCACGGGCAUCGCCGUCAACCGCUACUGCUUCAUCUGCCACAGCCUGAAGUACGACCGCCUCUUCUCGGGCGCCAACACGGUGGGCUACGUGGCGCUGGUGUGGGCGCUCACCGUCCUGGCCAUCGUGCCCAACUGGUUCGUGGAGUCGCUCCAGUACGACCCCCGCGUCUACUCCUGCACCUUCGCCCAGUCGGUCAGCUCGCUGUACACCAUCGCCGUGGUGGUGGUGCACUUCGUGCUGCCCAUCGCCGUGGUCACCUACUGCUACCUGCGCAUCUGGAUCCUGGUCAUCCGGGUGCGGCGCCGGGUCAAGCCCGACUCGCGGCCCAAGAUCAAGCCGCACGACCUGCGCAACUUCCUCACCAUGUUCGUGGUCUUCGUGCUCUUCGCCGUGUGCUGGGCGCCGCUCAACCUCAUCGGCCUGGCGGUGGCGCUGGACCCCGGGCUGGGCCGCGCCAUCCCGGAGUGGCUCUUCACCGCCAGCUACUUCAUGGCCUACUUCAACAGCUGCCUCAACGCCGUGGUCUACGGCGCCCUCAACCACAACUUCAGGAAGGAGUACAAGCGCAUCGUCCUCAUCAUCUUCAGGUUCCACUGCUGA